AUGCCUUGUCGGAGCAUCAAAGACAGUCAAAGCAAGGCCUUACGAGCAUGGUACAAUGACGACUCGACGCCUGGUACUGGCCUCAACAGCAAGAAAACUCUGGAGGACUGUGGCCGUUGGUGGAAUGAGCACAAAAUCCUUGGGGUCAAAUAUACAUAUCUGGACGAGAGACCUGUGCCAGAUUGGAAGGAUGCAAAGCGUCAACGUGCGGACAAAUGGGAGGUCCUAGAAGAGGCUCUCUUUGAGUGGGCGCAACGAAUCUUCGAUGCCGAGCCACGGAUCUUUGGAGCCGUCUACCCUGCUAUCAAGGCCAACCCUGCCCUGAAUGGACCUAAGGAUGGCUUCAAGGCUUCCAAAGCUCGACACAACGAGGCUAGCUCUGCUGAUAUCAAUGACCGCACACGAGAUAUCAUGGGAGACACCCGUAAGGCUAGUCAGAGUUUCGAUGCUGAGGACAUCUUCAACAUGGACGAGACGGGGUAA